AUGAGUAGUCUACUACAUUUUGGGUUAGCAUUUGGCUUUUGGAUUGUCAAGGGAUCACAAGGACGAGUCCUGUACGAGCCCACGCAACGAUCGCGCAUCGCGGACCAUGACCGAUUACCUGCGGUAACCCUUAUGGUAGAGAUCCCUAACUUCAGGCAUGCAGCAAAGCGGCAUGAGACCAGCUUUCCAGAUGACUUCCAUACCCUUACUGUAGCACCAGAUGAAACAUGCGGUUGGCUGUCGGGGAAGUCCGAGAGCCCAAUUACUUGCGAGUUCCAUCAAACCUGCAUGUGGGUGCGAUCAUAUACGAUGGGAUUUAUACUCUGCGGCGUGAUUCAGGAGACUGAUAUUAAGUACGAGGCUAACGCAUUAUGUCUUGGGAGAAAGGACGCAUUGGAUACGGACAUUUGCGACGAUAGUUGUCAGACAAACAUGCUUGUUCUUCGCUGUACCGAAGAGUCGUCUGCUUAUUGUCAAACAUAUGCUUAUCCGGAGGGAAUUGAAGACUAUAGAUGUGCACCGACACCUGUAACCAGGGUCGAGAGUGUAUAUUUUACAUACAAGGGUCAGGACCAUGCAGAAUUUUUCACUACAACACUUACCCAUGGAGAUAUCACGUCGACUGAACCUACUCCUACCACUGGUCCCGAAACUAGCGCAACCAUACCGCCUCCACCUCCACCUCCACCUCCGCCAAAGUCCGAACCUAAUAUUGGAGCUAUUAUCGGUGGUGCGAUUGGAGGUUUCAUAGCACUUUCGCUCGUAGCAUUGGCGAUCUUCUGGUCUGUUCGACGGUUGAAGAAGAAUGAUACCCCCCCAAGUCAGGCUGUUUCGAUGCAGCAAUCUCCGCAGAUCGGAAUAGCACCAGUUGAUAGGAGUCGCGGAAAGACGAGCGCGACUUCUCCAGUGCAGCCCGAGUGGAGAGAUUCGGUGAUAACUGUACCGAACGCGGUUACCAGUCAACCUAGGUCACCGAGUAGCCAGAGCGCGGCGUAUCAACGUGAUCAGCAGCCUGCACCGCCGCCUGUAGCUUAUGAAAUGAGCGGAGACCGCCUUGAACCUCCGAUUCAGGAAAUAAGCGGAGACUUUGUUCAUUCCUAG